GAUAGAGAGCGCGCGAUGAUGGAACGGGGAGGGCGCGGGCGCUUGCGCAGUAGGGCGGCCGCUCCCGGCCGCGUGCGGCGCGCAGGUCGGCGCAAGCGCGGAGGCUGGGGCAGUUGGCCGGCGCGCCACCGCGCAUGUGUAUCAACUACGAGGGUGGGGGCCGGGCGGGAGGCUUUUCGAGUAACAGCGCAGCUGAGGUCACUGAGCUGGCCGGCGUGUCGGGUCCUCCGGGGCCGCGAUGGUCCCUUCCCAGCCUUAGCUGCGGGAGGAAUAGCGGCGCGGGCCGCCUUGGGAGCUUGGUCUCUGGGGCCGGCUGGGUGGCAGAGCCCUUCUCUCCCCGAGCGCGCCCCUCGCCCUCCUUACGCAGGCACCGCACCUGUUGGUGUCCCGAUGGAGCAGCACGCUAGCCCUCCCAGCGGAAAAGCCAAAGAGGAAAGUAAUGUUGUGCCUCUUUGUCGAGCCAAACACUCCCCUAGCUUUAUUAAUCUUCAAGCAAGUUCCCCACCGGCCACUUUCCUGAACAUCCAGAACACAAAGCUGCCCUCAGGAGUUGACCACAAGCCCAAGGAAUGCCUGGGACUCCUAGAAUGUAUGUAUGCCAAUCUCCAGCUCCAGACCCGGCUCACCCAACAACAGAUGGCUAUUUUGGAAAAUUUACAAGCAUCCAUGACACAGCUGGCUCCUGGGAAGGGAAGCAAGAACUCUUCUCUCCCAGCCUUAUCCCGCAAUCUGUUGUUAAAUCACCUGCCCCAGUUCAGUAAAUGAAUUGUGGAACAAA